UCACUCAACAUUUUUUUAUUUUUUCUUUGUUUGGCGGUCAUCACGCCUACAAUGAAUGCCAGUGAAUUAGAGACUGAGAAAUUUUGGAAGGAAGAAAGACCUGAGUUUGAUCAAUAUUGGGAGGAAAGGUCUGUAGAAGCAAAAGAAUUCAAUCAAAAAGCUUAUUUCCCUGAUCCUUUCGAAGUCUCUGGCAACCUAACUGCUUCUAUUACCGAAGUCAUUGCUGGAAAGAACUUAAGAAGGAACCUGAGGGGAAACAAAGGGGGAGGACAAUGUCUGGCCACAAACCCCAUUGAUAGAUGCUGGAGGUGUGACCCAAAUUGGGCUGAUAACCGCCAGAAACUAGCCGAUUGUGUCCAAGGGUUCGGCAGAAACACCCGUGGAGGUAAAGGCGGUCCAAUUUACGUUGUCACCGAUCCUUCUGACGAUGAAUUGAUGGACCCCAAACCCGGCACACUCCGUUAUGCAGUCACACGUAAUGGACCCCUUUGGAUCACAUUCGCUCACAACAUGCUUAUCACACUACAACAAGAACUUAUCAUGAAUAGUGACAAGACAAUUGAUGGUAGAGGAGUUGAUGUUUACAUUGCCAAUGGUGCUGGUAUUACUGUACAAUUUGUUAAGAAUAUUAUCAUCCAUGGAAUUAAGAUUUACAACAUUCAAGUACGCGAAGGUGGUACGAUUAGAGAUUCUGAGACCCAUUAUGGUUUAAGGACUAGGAGUGAUGGUGAUGGUAUUUCCAUAUUUGGUUCUAGUAAUAUUUGGAUUGAUCAUGUCUCCAUGAAAAAUUGUACUGAUGGUUUAAUUGAUGCAAUCAUGGGAUCUACUGCUAUUACCAUUUCUAACAGUCACUUCACUGACCACAAUGAGGUUAUGCUUUUUGGUGCUAAUGACAAUCAUAAAGAAGACAAGAUCAUGCAAAUCACAUUAGCAUUCAACCACUUUGGAAAAAGAUUAGUACAAAGGAUGCCAAGGGCAAGAUUUGGUUUUGUCCAUUGUGUUAACAAUGACUACACUCAUUGGGAAAUGUAUGCCAUUGGUGGUAGCUCGAACCCUACAAUUAUCAGUGAGGGUAACAGAUUCAUUGGCCCAGAAAACAAAAUGGUAGGUAAAGACCUUAUUAAUUCUAAAGAAGUAACAAAGAGAGAAUACACCGAUGAAAGUAUAUGGAAAAGCUGGCAAUGGAGAUCAAUCAAUGACGAAUUUUUGAGCGAUGCUUACUUUAUUCAAUCUGGACCAGAGCUAAAGGACAGACCAUUUUCAAGGCAAGACAUGAUAACAGCUAAACCAGGAAGUUAUGUUGGAAGACUUACACGAUUUGCCGGAAACCUACAAUGCAUUGUGGGUAAACCUUGUUAGAUUUUGGUCAAUCUGUUAUUGUUGCUACU